AUGACUGGACAAAUACUUAAUUCUCUGAAGCCACCCCUCCGAGCAUAUGCCUUAGGUUAUGCCAGUGCAACCGGCCCAAGGUUGCUCGGCGUCUUGAGGGCCCUUCGGCGCAACGACCUGACGGCACACGAGAAGCUAAAUCUACUCUUCGCCAUUCUGAAAACGUCAACUCAACUCAACCGCUUUCCCACUGCUGUUGCAAUCAUCACAGGUGGUGCCACCACUUUGCCGCGCCUGAUACGAACGCUUCUUGAGCGACUUUUAUUGAUUUUAGGUCGAUCGGGAGAGAAGACUUUAAAUAGUGCUUUCGCAUCGCGAUUGACAUUCAUAUGUUCUCUUCUAUCCUCGUGGCUGGCGUUCAGUCUUCUCAACCGCGAUCAGGGCUGGGUCCGUAAGCGAGCGCAAUCCCGAACUGCUGCUAGUCUUGGACCAAACGAAUUUCAUUCUCCAAACCAACAUCAUCUCCCUCCCCCGUCAUAUCAUCCUCACUAUGCAGGCAAAACGAUGGACUUCACCUUGUUUGCAUUUUGCCGGGCUCUGGAUGUGGUGGCGGUAACCGCCUGGACCAGAAGCAGAUCCAAGGCAUGGCACCCAGAAAAAACGGUUCCGCGCCUCGCGAAUACUGUUCGAAAGCUCGCCGAUCCAACAAUUUUCUCCACUUCAGCUGCUAUCAUUAUGUGGUCUUGGUUCUAUUCACCACACAGACUUCCACGAGCAUACAAUAAUUGGAUCUCCAAGAUAGCAGACAUCGAUUCUCGGCUAAUACAGGCUCUUCGACUAGCUCGACAGGGAGAUUUUGUGUAUGGACGUGAUACAGGCCAGACACCUCUCUUGGAACCUCUAUGCAGAGACCUUGGAUUGCCGGAAAUCUAUGCCGACCCAUCAAAAACAAUUCCCAUCCCGUGUGAACUGGUUCAUUCCGGCACUGGGACCAGCUGUGAGGUUCAUGCAAUGUCUCGAUUUUGGCGGAGCUGGAAGUUUGCUCUGGAAUUGUAUCUACCACUGCAAGUACUAUCACGAGUAAGGACCCCGAAGUUUGACGUCAUACUCGACGCAUUCAAAGCAGCUGUCAGGUCUUCUUCAUUUCUGGCAGCGUUUGUCUCAUUAUUCUACUACGCUGUGUGCCUGUCCCGUACCCGCCUUGGGCCAAAGUUGUUCUCUCCCAAGACGGUGACACCGCAGAUGUGGGAUUCUGGUCUUUGCGUACUCGCAGGAUGCUUAGCCUGCGGAUGGUCUAUCUUACUGGAGAAGCCAAAUCGAAGGCAAGAAAUUGCUUUCUUUGUGGCUCCGAGAGCCCUCGCAACAGUGCUACCGCGAGUGUACGAUAAAAAGCACAGACGAAGAGAACAGGUUGUCUUUGCAACCAGUAUGGCUGUUGUUCUCACUUCUGUGCAAUCUGGAGAGCUAAAUAACGUGAGAGGAGUUCUCGGAAAACUACUUCGGGGCAUCAUGAGAGAUUGA